ACACCUGCAUCUGGUUUUUCCUUGUUUGGACCAAACAACUUAAGAAGUCAUGGAAGUGGUACAAGUUUUCAACAUAGCACCUACUUCGGAAUCACAAGAGCUACCAUCUCAAACAUCGCUUCCCCUCACCUUCUUCGACAUACUAUGGUUAAGGCUACCUCCUGUUGAACGCAUCUUCUUCUACGAAUUCCCUCACCCAACCCCACUCUUCUUCGAUACCCUUCUUCCCAAACUCAAACACUCUCUUUCUCUCGCAUUAGGUUACUUUUUUCCUCUUGCGGGCCAUCUCACAUGGCCUUUUCACUCCGAUAAGCCCAUCAUCAAUUACAACACUCGUGACUCUGUGUCCCUCACUGUAGCUGAAUCUGACGCUGAUUUCAACCAUCUAGCUGCCUCGGAUCUUAUUGAAGCUAAAGAGAUUCACCAUCUUAUACCCCACUUGACCAUAUCCCAUGAACAAGCUACAAUUUUAGCCUUACAACUUACGCUAUUUCCAAACCGUGGUUUUUCCAUUGGAAUAACCUCACACCAUGCUGUUCUAGAUGGCAAAACUUCAACAUCGUUUAUCAAAUCAUGGGCUUAUCUUUGUAGAGAAUCAUCCUCUUCUUUGCCACCUGAACUUUGUCCUUUCUAUGAAAGGGAAAUAAUCAAAGAUCCCAACGAACUAGAAGCAAAAUAUUGCAGUGAUUGGCUAAAGCAUGGUGGACCCAACAAUAGAAGCCUCGUGGUUUGGGAUCUGCAAGUUCCAGAAGAUGCAAUUAGAGGCUCAUUCAAACUCUCUCGUUCGGAUAUUGAAAAGCUGAAGCAGUUUGUGGUGUCAAACAAGAAAGGGAACACCAACACCAACCUUCGCUUGUCUACGUUUGUGUUAUCCGUUGCAUACGCGUUGGUUUGCAGAGUGAGAGCAGAAGAAGUAAAAAGUAAAAGAUUUGUUUUGGCUGUCCCCGUUGAUUGUAGGCGUUGGUUGGAGCCACCUCUUCUUCCAACGUAUUUUGGAAACUGCAUUGGGGCCAAAUUUGUCAUUGUUGAAACAAUAGAAUUGGCAACAGAAGAAGGAGUGGUUGUGGCUGUGGAAGCACUGAGUGAAGCUUUGGAAACUGUGAAGGACGGUGUGCUGAAUGGAGCGGAAAAUUGGUCAACGAGGAUGCUUGGGGGUCUCGUCACUGAUGACAAGAUAAUUGGCACUGCUGGCUCACCCAUGUUUGAGGUUUAUGGUAAUGACUUUGGGUGGGGAAGACCUAAGAAGGUGGAGAUGGUGUCUAUUGACAGAACUUCUGCGCUUAGUUUUUCUGAUACCAGAAAUGGAGAUGGUGUUGAGAUAGGUUUUGUGUCCAAGAAAAGAACCAUGGAAACCUUUGCUUCUCUCUUUGCCAAAGGCCUUCAAUCUUGAGUCACUCAGGUUCCAUUGUUUCUGCAUUGCUGGUGUUAUUGAGAAAUAUUUGUAAUUGGCUUGUUGAUGAUGAAUUGUUUUCACACGAAUGAGUGAGAUACUGAGAUGUGAUAAGAAAAUUAUGUUUAUUAUAAAAGUUACAAUUAUUUUUGUAUUGCAUUACCAGAUGAUUAUAGGAUGUAAAAUUACUCAUUUUUAUUAUUACAUUGCUGAGAUGAUUUCUGGAAGAGUA